AUGGCGAUCUUAUCAAAACUGUUGCCAUUGCUACUGCUAAUGCUGCUUCUUAUCAAAACUGGCACCGCUCAUAAAAAGUGCGAGGAGGAAUUGUCUUGUGGGCCGAACCAACCGCUCAUCCGAUUUCCCUUCCAACUCGUCAAGGGGAUGCACGAGGGAUGUGGUUAUCCCCGUCUUUGCCUCUCUUGCACUCAUCAAAAUCAAACCAUGCUUGUCCUUCCUACCAUCAAACUCCAAGUCAUUGACAUAGGCUACGAAUCGCAGGAAAUUACGUUAACUGACCCGGAAAACUGCUUUUCGAACAAGUUUAGACAACUCAACGAUUUUAUUCAGAGUUACCAGUUUGAAUCAUAUUAUGGAUCACACAAUUAUAACUUGAGCUUCUUCAACUGUUCUUCACAAGAUAGGAUCUCCUGUCCGAUUUACAUUAUUAGUUCUUUACAAAGUGUCACCGCAUGGGAUUUAAUAUCUUGUACCAAGAUGUUCGACAUCAUUGCGCCAGUCGAUGCAUCCAGCCUGAUGCACAAUUAUAUGUAUUUGAGAUGGUCCAAAGCAAUUUGUGCUGAGUGCGAAGCCAAAGGCAAGAGAUGUAAAUGGAAGAACGACAACAACACAGAAGGAGAAAUCGAAUGUUUUGACUGCAAAGGGAAAAGAAUUCACCUUCCUAAAUCUUUAAGGUUUGCUAGUACAGGCUCGAUUAUUUUGGGAGUGGUGGUAAUUGUUGCCUUUAAGAUCAUCCUCUACUUUAGAAAGAAGGAAGAAGACCAAGCAAGAGUGGACAAGUUUUUAGAGGAUUACAGGGCAGAAAAGCCUGCAAGAUUCACCUACGCUGAUCUGAAAAGAAUCACGAAUGGCUUUAAGGAAAUGUUAGGAGAAGGAGCUCAUGGGGCUGUAUUCAGAGGAAAGCUUUCAAAUGAGAUUCUCGUGGCUGUGAAGAUCCUCAACAAUACAGAGGGAGAAGGGAAUGAGUUCAUCAAUGAAGUCGGAAUUAUGGGCAAAAUCCACCACAUCAACGUGGUUCGUUUGCUUGGCUUCUGUGCAGAAGGACUCCAUCGUGCUCUUGUCUACAAUUUCUUUCCUAAAGGUUCCCUACAAACCUUCAUAUUUCCACCAGAAGACAGGGACCAUUUCCUUGGCUGGGAGAAGCUUCAACACAUUGCUCUUGGUAUAGCUAAAGGGAUUGAGUAUCUUCACCAAGGUUGUAAUCAUCCCAUUAUUCACUUUGACAUCAAUCCUCACAACGUGUUACUCGAAGACAACUUCACUCCAAAAAUUUCUGAUUUUGGCUUGGCCAAAUUGUGUUCCAAGAAUCCUAGUUUGGUGUCCAUGACAGCUGCUAGGGGAACCUUGGGAUACAUUGCACCUGAAGUCUUCUCCAGAAACUUUGGGAAUGUGUCUUAUAAGUCUGAUAUUUACAGUUAUGGAAUGCUGUUGCUAGAAAUGGUUGGUGGAAGGAAGAAUGUAGACAUGUCUUCUACACAGAAUUUCAAUGUUCUAUACCCGGAUUGGAUCCAUAACCUGGUUGAUGGAGAUGUACAUAUCCAUGUUGAGGAUGAAGGUGGUGUUAAGAUUGCAAAGAAACUAGCAAUUAUUGGGCUUUGGUGCAUUCAGUGGCAACCAGUGAACCGUCCAUCCAUAAAAUCUGUGAUACACAUGCUAGAAACUGAAGAAGAAAACAAGUUAGCUGUUCCUCCUAAUCCAUUUCACUCAACGACUUCAACCACUGUUAAGGGACCUACUUCAAGACGACCUUUGGAAUUGGAAGUGAUUCAAGAAUGA